GGGCCUACCAGAAUGUCAUGCCGACUAAAGCGAUUGGUCGGCAGGAAGCGCAAUCCGGUGCCGUGAUUGUGAACAGAACAAACGAUUUGUCCAGCUGGAACCGCCGGGGCACAUGUUGGACCAUGGACCAGGUUUACAAUAGUCGAGGCGCGGGCCUUUCGGAACGCGCCACUAUGCAACGGCUAGGUGGUGGCGUCACCACUGAUUUCGCAGCGAUUUCGUAACUCCGAUCCUUGAGCCGCAUCGAUCCCCUGCAACAUUCAACUUCCUCCCUUUGCGGCAGCCCCUGGGCGAAUUCAAUUGUUUCCAACCGAAAGCCAACCACAGCCUUCGACUUUAGAAUUCGACGCCCCACGGCAUUCUUUACAGCCAGCGACUCGCACCCUCCAUGAUGGAGGCCCCAGGAACCCCUCCCCGACAGCACGCAUCGUCAGGACGACGGCCGCCAUCCCCACCAACGCCCGAGGUUACCCGCCGAAUAGAGGAGAACCGCCUCAAGGCAAAAGCUAUCCGCGACCAGCAUGAAGCCGCCGCCCGCGCCGCCGGCAGGUCGACGCUGCCGCCCAAGACGGCCUCCGGGUUCGUGGCCACGGACGAUAUCCACAUAGUCGGCGGCGACAACAGCCGGGCGACCAGGAGCAGCAGGAAGCGGCCUCACAGCGAGACGGAAUCAUCGGCCGGACCGCCGACGACCCGCGCCUCGACCGCCAUCAGCCGCGCGACCGUCCCGACUAGCAUCCGCGAUGCGCGCGCGGCGCCAACCAAGGCGGGCGAGGAGGCGCCCCUCAAGGCAGCGCGCAAGUUUACAAACUACGUCGACUACAACCUGAGCGCCAUGACCGACACAAAGGGCGGCUUCAUGACGGCCGACGACGACCCGCACAACUACGCGCUCAACUCGGGCGCCAAGGGCAAGGGGGCGGCCGAGGAGCAGCGGCCGGCGCACAUGACGCAGGAGGAGUGGGAGCGCAAGCAGCUGCUCAACAAGCUACGGCGGCAGAAGGCCGGGCCGUUCGAGCCGGGCAUGAGCGCGCUCGUGUCGGACGCGGAGCGGAAAAAGUGUCGCGAGUGCGCGAGCCUCGAGGUCGACUUUGUGUGGGACGAGGUCUUUGGCGUCUGCGUGUGUGGCACGUGCAAGGAGAAGUUUCCGGAAAAGUACAGCCUCCUGACUAAGACGGAGUGCCGGCAGGACUAUCUUCUCACUGAGCCCGAACUCCGCGACGAGGAGCUCCUGCCGCACCUCAACAAACCAAACCCGCACAAGUCGCACUGGCACGACAUGAUGCUGUUCCUGCGCUGCCAGGUCGAGGAGUACGCGCUCGGCCCGAAGCGGUGGGGGUCGACCGAGGCGCUCGACGCCGAGUUCGAGCGGCGCGAGGCCGACAAGCGGGUGCGCAAGGAGGAAAAGUUCAAGAGCAAGCUGGCCGAGCUCAAGAAGCGCACGCACGCCGACGCGUUCCGGCGCGCCACAAAGGCCGGGCUGGCCGAGGCGGGCGGGGUCAGGGCCACCAAGUUCGGCGACAGGAUCGGGGCCCGGGGCCCGCACGUGCACGACUGGGGGCGGGCCGUCGAGAACGAGGCGGGCCUGUCGGUCAAGACGUGCCAGUCGUGCGGGAUGGAGGUCGAGGAGCUGGAGUUUUAGUCUUGGCCUUGCUGUCGUGUCUGUCCUCUAGCGUGCUAGCGUAUGCGUGAUAUCACUGCGUUUGUCUUUU